UGUAUUUCACACCUCAAAAAUAAAUAAAUCGCUGGGAUUUAUUCAGCUCGAUCAUGGCCGAAUCCCCGGAGCGCGGCAGCAAGGAGAACGUACCCGAAGCAACCAGCAAGGAGGCAGCCGGACCCGAACAGGCGGUCAAGGAGAAACCAAAGGCCAAAGAAAAGAAACCUAAAGAUGAAGAAAAGGGCCGCCCAUCGAUGGGUGCGGCAUUAACAGCGGCAGCAAAGCCCGCCCCGCGCUAUGCGCCCACCUACCGCCUGGAGCCGAAGAAUCCCAUGAAACAGGAACGCCUCGAGAUUGUUGUUAAGUCCGAAAUGAAUAAGAACUAUGCCGAUGACUACACAUUCCAUCCCAAGUACUCUCUGCACAUGGCCGCCCAGGUCGCCGAGGACAUUAAGGCGCGCAUCAAGCUACUCAAUUUCGAUCGAUAUCGCUAUAUAGUGCUGAUCACCGUAGGCGAAUAUCUAAUGCAGGGCCUCUACUCGAUGGCCAACUUCCUCUGGGAUGCCGAAAAGGAUGGCUAUGUCAACUAUACCAUUGAAACGCCCAACUAUUUUGCUGUCUGCACUGUGUUCUACAUAUACUUUGACUAGAUGGAUUGCUGAAAUCGAA